AUGUAUGAAUAUAAACUGCUCACAAAAAAUACCUCCGAAACUGACGAUUCUGAUGCAACUGAUGAAUUUGCGACCACGACUGAAGGAGAUGUGUUCCCAAGGGAUUGUUCUGAUAUUCGUGCGAUCGGUGCGUCGGUGAGCGGUGUGUAUACGGUACGACCUCUACGUUCCAGUCAGGCUUUCCAGGUGUCUUGUGAUAUGGAAACAGACGGUGGUGGAUGGACGGUGUUCCAGCGGCGUCAGGACGGCAGUGUAGAUUUCUCUUUGGACUAUGCCAGCUACAGCCGUGGCUUUGGGAAUGUAGAUGGAGAGUUUUGGCUCGGUAAUGACAACUUGCACCUUCUGACCGCUCAGGGCGAGUACCAACUACGCGUGGAUCUUCAAGGUUUCGAUCAAGUUACUGGGUAUGCCAAGUAUAACUCCUUCACCGUCGCUAAUGCGAGUGAGAACUACAUGCUGCGAGUGGACGGUUAUACAGGAAAUGCAUCCAACGGGUUAAAAUACGUUAACUACAUGGGCUUCACGACCAAAGACAAAGACAACGACCUCAAUGCCAUAGGGAACUGCGCACAUCAGUAUCCAGGGGGCUGGUGGUUCAGGUUCUGUCUUUCGUCCAAUCUGAACGGGCUUUAUUUCCAUCAUGCCGAUAUCAGUAGUCGGGGAGUUACGUGGAAUAGCUUUUCCAAUUAUCGCUCACUCAAAUUUUCUGAGAUGAAAAUUAGAAGCCGAGUUUAA